AUGCUGGGGCUGCUGCUGCUGCUGCAGGUGUUGGCCAGCUGCCUCUGGCUGGGACACAGCAAGGUGGUGAACUCCUUUGAUAGCUGUCCUCAGUUUUUCUAUGAUGGGAUCCCCCCAAAUGAUGCCCUCAAUCCACGUAACCCAGCCCGGAUCUGUCAGCACUUCAGGAACUCGUAUCACUAUGCCACCCUGUACGACAGAGACAGGAGAAUUCCAGUGUACUCUGCUUACAAAUAUGAGCCUGGAGAUGGCAAGGAACCUCCAGAGUGGUGGAUGGUUGAGCCUCAGCUCUUAGAUAAAAAUAGUCUUCCAGACAUGGACAGGGAUUGGAUCCUCAUAGAACAAAAAAAGUUCACCUUAGACCAAAUCAAAAAGAGCCAAGCUAUUCCUGAUGACUACAAAGGACUGAAGGAUUUGGACCGUGGCCAUUUGAGCCCCAGUGGCCAUCACUUCAGUAGAGAGAGCAAGAUGGCUUCCUUCACCUUCACCAACGUAGUGCCCCAGAACAGCACUCUCAACAAUGGCAAGUGGAAUGCUUACGUGGAAUGCUAUAAAACAAUGCCAAAAAUGACCAAGCGCUGUAAAACCACCUACGUGAUCACGGGUGCUGUGCCAGGGAACACCUACGUAUCUGAAGAGAGGGUGAACAGACCGAGCCACAUCUGGUCAGCUGCCUGCUGUAUGUUGGACAAAAAGCCCCCAAAGGCUUGGGGGGCCAUUGCUGAAAAUGACAAAAACCAGGUGGAAGAGCUAAGCCUGGGGGAGCUGGAGGACAGGUUGACUGAGCUCUAUGGUGGAACUGUUACUCUGUUCAACAAUGCAUGUCCUCGGAAAAAGCCUCGCAUAAUCAUUAGAAUAGCCUCGGUGGCUUUUCCCACAUAUCAUAGAAUCACAAAAUCACAG